UGAGAACAGUAAAACAACGAAGUUGCGGGUAGUAUUCGACGCGUCCUGUAAAACGGAAUCCGGAUAUAGUUUAAACGAUACACUAUUGAAAGGGCCGGUUAUACAGGACGAACUGUUAUAUAUAAUAUCAAGAUUUAGAACGCAUAAAUUUGUAUUAACGGCAGAUAUACAAAAGAUGUACCGCCAAGUAUUAGUGACGAAGCAAGAUAGCGAGAAACAACGAAUUUUAUGGCGCGCGGACCCCUCACUGCCAAUACAAAUUUAUCGUUUAACUACACUUACUUAUGGAACAGUACCGGCAUCAUUUUUGGCAACAGCAUGUUUAAGGAAAAUAUCUGAACAAGAAACGUCAUAUUUAAAAGCUUGCGAGGCGAUUAGAAAUGAUUUUUAUAUGGACGAUUUCCUAAGUGGCGCGGAAACGAUAGAAGAAGCAAUAAAGUUACGUGACGAAGUAAUUUUAAUAAUGAAAAAGGCGGGAAUGACUUUAAGAAAGUGGUCAUCAAAUGAACCAAGUAUAGUUAGUUGUAUAUCAGAUAAAGAAAAAUCGAACGGGUGUAUUUUUGAAGAAGAAUCAAUAACGAAGAUACUCGGGCUGUAUUGGAACGCUAAUGGUGACGCACUACAAUACAAGGUAAAAGAAUAUAACGAAAAUACUACAAUAAGUAAAAGGCAUAUUUUAGCGGAGACUGCCGCGAUAUUCGACCCGAUGGGACUGGUCGGUCCAAUUAUAGUACAAGCAAAAUUAAUAAUACAGAGUUUAUGGCAAAUUCGUAUUGGUUGGGACGAUCCAUUACCAGAUCACAUACGUAUAGAAUGGGUCAAAUAUAGAAAAAGUUUAUCGAUGUUAAACAAGCUGACUAUACCACGUAAUAUUGGGGGUAGUCAAAAAUUAACAAAUAUACAAAUACACGGAUUCGCGGACGCGAGUAUCAAAUGUUACGGAGCGUGUAUAUUUUUACGUAGUACCAAUGAACAAGGAGAGCACACAGCCAAAUUAAUAUGUGCAAAAUCAAAAGUCACCCCACUUAAAGUUAUAUCAUUACCGAGGUUAGAACUAUGUGCAGCACUUUUAUUGGCGCGUUUAGUGAGCCGUAUUGUUCCGAAAUUAAAAUUAAAUAUCGCGAAAAAAUAUUUUUGGUCCGAUUCAAAAAUAGCACUAUCAUGGAUAGCAUCGCCAUCGACAAAAUGGAAGACAUUUGUGGCACACCGUAUCGGCGAGAUACAGGAGCUAUCGAACAUAACAGAUUGGUCAUAUGUUAAGUCAUCGGAGAACCCGGCCGAUAUAAUAUCGCGCGGAUGCGACGCAGAGCAAAUAUCAGGUAUGAAUUUGUGGUGGGACGGACCGGAAUGGUUAAAAAACAACACCGAGGACUGGCCGGUGACAGGAAAAACCAGCCAAAAUGAUAACAUAGAAAUGCUACCGGAAUCGAAAACAAUACGAAAUAUAGCUCUUGUGGCGACCGGCGAAUUUAUAUUAUUCGAAAGAUAUUCGUCGUUAAAUAAAAUAUUACGUAUUGCAGCGUAUUGGUUACGAUUCAGAGAUUUUUUAGUAAAAAAAUCUAGUGCAUCAGUCGGACCACUGAAACCAGAAGACUUAGAACGCGCAAAUAUUGGUCUAAUUAAAAAUGUACAAAAUACUUUUUUUAAAUCGGAAAUACAAAAUUUAAAAGAUAAAAAGACGAUAACGAAAAGUAAAAUAAUUCUUUUGCGACCGUUUAUAGACGAUAAAGGCAUAUUGAGAGUUGGAGGUCGAUUAAAAAAUGCAAGUACGAUAGAGGUAUUCCAACGACAGCCUAUUAUUUUACCAGGUGACAGUAUUUACACGAAAUUAUUAUUUCAGCGCGAACACUUAAGGUGUAUGCACGGGGGCCCAUUGGCGAUAUUAGCCUUAGUGCGAUUGUACUAUUGGCCGUUGAAAGCACGAAAUAUCGCUCGGGCGACGGUUCAUAAAUGUGUUACGUGUUUCAAGCAAAAACCGGUGUUCGUUGAACCCAUAAUGGGUGAUUUACCUCGUGAACGCAUAGAACCAUCGCGUCCCUUUAAAGUCAGCGGUAUUGAUUUCGCGGGACCGUUGUUAAUUAAAGACAGCUUAAAAAAGCGAGCAUCACUGACAAAAGGUUACGUGUGUAUUUUCGUGUGUUUUGCGACCAAAGCUAUUCACAUAGAGUUAGUAAUCGAUCUCAGCACAAAAUCAUUCUUAAAUGCUUUAAAUAGAUUUUUUGAUAGAAGAGGUAAAAGCGCGGUAAUCUAUUCAGAUAACGCUACGAACUUCGUAGGCGCGAAUCGGUAUUUAAAAGAAAUUUAUAAUUUAUUUAAAUCUACAGAAUAUAAUAGUGAAAUACAAAAACAAACAGCAAAUGAUGGAGUAGAAUGGCGAUUCAUUCCCCCGCGUUCACCACACUUUGGGGGUCUGUGGGAAGCCGCAGUAAAGUCGAUGAAAAAUCUGAUCGGUAAAGUCCUAGGCGAGUCGCAUCUAACGUACGAAGAAUUAAAUACUAUACUCACCCGGGUAGAAGCAUGCCUUAACUCCCGUCCUUUAACUGAAAUGUCAUCCGAUCCUUCCGACCUAACAUAUCUUACUCCUGCCCAUUUCCUAAUUGGAGAAUCUCUGAUGGCCGUACCGGAAAGAGAUGAAAGUACAAUGCCGGCGAAUCGAUUAGACCGGUGGCGUCGUAUUCGACAAUACUCUCAAAUUUUGUGGAAACGAUGGAGCCACGAAUAUUUAAAUCAAUUGCAAGACGGGUAUUGUCGGUCCUCCACGGAGAGGACGGAGUAACUCGUACGGCGUUGGUGAAAACUAUGACGGGCGAGUACAACCGGGCGGUACGAAAUUUGUGUCCACUUCCGUUUAAUGAUAAUAUUGGUUGAAAUUUAAUAUGAAUAUUUGAUUUAUUAUAUAUUUUUAGUUUCAUGUAUAAAAAAAAAAAAAAAUAUAUAUAUAUAUGUAAGAUAUCUUCGUCUCCUUCAUGUUAAUUUGUAAUGAGUCAAGGCCAAAUGCAUGUUUAUAUUUUUGUUAAAAUUAAUUUUCUUUAUAUGUAUAUCUACAAUUAUAUUACUUAAUUUUUUGU